GGUCCAAACAGGUAGUUCACGUGAACACGGGCUGAUCAUCGGCAAAAAUGUAAUUUUGGUGCCGGCCGGUACAGAUAGGAAGGCUCGCUCAUUCCGGACGCACAUUAGCACGAGCGUAUUACUCUAGUGAGCUGAAGCUGCAUUCACUAACACGAGACACUGGGCUUGGUGAAGAAGUUUGACCCAGCUUAAAUGCCGUGACACAGUGCACGUGACUGCCGUCCCAACGAACCCAGCAUGCCGAUUGAACUCGCCAUGCCGAUUUAUCUGACAAACGAAGAGUUCCUGAACCCGAGGGUGACUAAAUACAGCAGGCCCUUGCGGCCAUGUCUGCACCGGUGUCAAAGUACCAAACUUAGUUUCGGCUCUCCGAGGGAGCAGCUGGAGUUGAAUAGGGCCAGCGCACACGUGGCGAUACCUGGCAGGGCCAAAAAACAAGUAUCUUUUGCUGAUCACAAGGGCCUCGCCCUGACGAUGGUAAAGGUAUUUUCUGAAUUUGAUGACCCUAUUGACAUCCCAACCAACAUUGUGCAGUUUUUUAGCUCUUUGGUGACUCUGCCAGAAGGGAAGGACAAGCUAACCCUCGACUUUGACCAGCCGUCUGCAGACUACUUAAAGUUUCGUCAACGUAUAGAGAAUGAAAACCUCUGCCUCGAACACUGCAUGAUUAAGGAAAAAUCUAUAGCAGGGACGGUCAAAGUCAAAAACCUUUCCUUUGAGAAGUCCGUUAAGCUUCGCAUUACGUUUGACACUUGGAAAAGUCACACAGACAUAGAAUGCCAGUACGUAAAGGACACUUACACCGGCUCAAACCGUGACACCUUUUCAUUCGGAGCUACUUUGCCUGAUCAGGUGCCUCCACAUGAACGCAUCGAGUUUGCCAUUUGCUAUGAGGUCAAUGGCGUAACGCUCUGGGACAACAACCAAGGACAGAAUUACAGAAUUGUUCAAUCAGCACUAAAGAAGAGUUCAAAUGACUCUAUGGUUGACCACCAGCGAUAUGGUGUGAGCGAUUGGGACGUUCUUUUUGACCGAUACGGCAGCCCCAGAUGCUCACGUGGAAUCUUUCCCAAUUGGCCAAGCUAUGCUGGAUAUGAAGACAUCGGUCCAUAUUACUAAGAAUCCACUUUUGGGACAGUUUAUCCUGCACACAUAUCCAUCAAACAUUGUGAUAAAUGUCUCCUUAAAAAAACACGCUGGUCUUUGACCAAGGACCUGUUGGAAUGUGAAGCCUUAUGGACACUUGAGAUAUCUAUCGUCAAUAAUAUUGGAUUAUGUUGUUCAAUAGAGAAUGAGUUAUGUUUUUAAAAAUAGUGUUUAUGGUGCUAUAUGAAUGUAAUUGAGGGUAAAUUUGUUUGUUUUUUCAGUGCCUGUCAAAUGCAUUAAUGCUAGUUUCUGUGCAGGGUUAUGUGAAAGUUUUCAAGGUUGAUUUUCGGUUUGUAUGGAUUUGCGUGGACCUUUAUAAAAUUAUACAAUGUUAAUGAAUUAAGUCCAAGUAAAUCUGCAGGCCAGUAUAUCUGCUAAACUGUAAAUCAUGAUCAUAAAAUUUUGAGAGCAGCAAAUGGUUUUCAUCUGAAAAACCUUGCUAAGAGCAAAGACAGAAUGACCCAAAAAGAACUCGGUGUUUUUCCCCAAAAAAUGUGAGACCAGAGUUGUACUCUGCCUGGAUAUAUGUAUACGAAUUCUUUCAUAUGUUUUUGUUCUUUCCUGAACAGCUCAUUUUUAAUGUAAAACUCUAAAAGUAUUUACAUUUCUUUAUUUUAAUUGACUAUGACUGAUUCUCACUGUGAUUGACUGCACAACAGGAUGAUGAUAUUAGUGAUACAAGUUCAUAUGUAAUGUGUAUCAUUUGUUCAAGGUAAUGUAGGCACUUUAAUUUGUUGUUUAACUUCUUGUCACCCAUUUUAAAUUGCAUUGUUUGAGUGUGAAUACGGGUUUGCCAGAACCACUUUAAAGACAUUGUUAAAAAAAAGUUCUCUCAAUGGUAUUCGGUAUGUUCAUUAUCUGCAUUUUAAUGCAAUGUUUUAAAUGUUCUUUGUCAUUGAAACCUUCAAAUAAAGUAUU